AUGACAGACACGCCCGCGCCGCCGUCGACGCAGGCACCACUUCCCAGUCAGACCGUUCCACCUGCGCCCGUGGAUACGGUUGUCAAAGAUGACCCGACUAUUGCCCCGACCGUGGAGCAGACGGAGGAAGAGCCUUACACCAUCAAGUGUAUCUGCAACUUCUCUGACGAUGACGGAAACACAAUCUACUGCGAGACGUGCGAUACUUGGCAGCACAUUGACUGCUUCUAUCCUAACAACAGAGAUGAGGCUAUCCGAGAGGACUUUGCUCACUCUUGUGCAGAAUGCAAGCCACGACCCCUAGAUCGACAAAAAGCCAUCGAGCGAACCCUUCGACUGCGAAAUGCCAACAAUAUUUUAGAAGCACAGAAGGAACCCCUGGACAAGAAGACGAAGCGACCUCCGACCAAGGGCGCCAGAAAGAAACCGAAGCCUAACGACCUACAAUUAAAUGGCCACCUUGAAAACGGCAAACUAGCCAGCCCCCCUCCCCCUUCCUCGAAGAAAGCGAAAUCCGCACACCGCCCUUCGCACUCUGUCAGUUCCCAGCCGUCGAAGCGAAGCCCUUCGUACGGUCAAAACUCGCGAUCGAAUCCCGCCCAUCCUCCCAGUCCCGCCACAACGCCCCCUGAUCUCCCCAAUGAUUUUCAGAUUCAUCACUACUCCGCUGGAUUUUACUCCCUCUAUAAUGAGCAAGAGGUCCCCGAUACACAUAAUAAUGCCUUUGCCAGUCUAGCUAUUCCCACAGCACUUUCACGAUGGUUGCGAGAUCCCGAUACGAUGAAGCAAGAGGUGGGCAGGACCCGUGCAGAAGUCUUUCAAGAUGAGCCACCCAACGUGGAUCAGAUGAGGCCAAAGCUAGAGGUAAAUGAUACCACCCGAUCAGUGGAGCCUGGAACAACCCUUCGAUGGCGCUGUAUCGAAUCGACAACAGCAAUCGAAAAGGAUGUUGCCUUAAUCGAGCUGAAUGGCGAAAUUGGCUUUCAAAAGGACUAUUGCGCUAAUCCUGUCAACCUCUGGGCUGACCUCUCUUGCCCGCUCCCUUUUGUCUUCUUCCACCCUAGUUUACCGCUGUACAUUGACACCAGAAAAGAAGGCUCUCUGGCGAGAUAUGUGCGGAGGAGCUGCAAGCCAAAUGCUCAGCUGGACACGUAUUUGUCUGGGGGGUCAGAAUACCACUUUUGGCUUGUCAGCGACCGAUAUAUCCCUGCCAAGGAACAAAUUACAUUACCUUGGGAUUUCCGACUGGAAAAGAGUGUGCGGGACAGGUGGCUUCAUUUACUGGGAUUGAGCGAUGACGACUCUGCGGCUCAGGACGAGCCAGAGUUGGACUCGGCUGAAUAUACAGCCAUUUCUAACUGGAUCGACCGAAUAUUAUCUGAAUACGGUGGCUGUGCCUGCGAUCUGGAGAAUAAUUGUGCCUUUGCCCGUUUUCAUCGGCACUAUAUUUUUGGCAGAAAUCAAAGCAAAGGUGGAAAGAAGAAGUCUCGAAAGCCCCGUAAUCACACUAUCUCGCCCACUAGCACUGGUCACGCUACCAAUAGCAGAGCUGCCAGUGAGGGAAAUAUUGACGAAGGAGCCGAUGAUGUCAAAGCUGAAGGAGGGUCGCGCAGUAAAACUCCAAGUCGUGACCGCACGCCAGUGGGGUCUUUCGAUCAACUUGGAAUACUAACUGAGCCAACGGAUAGAGACAAGAGGAAAGUAGCCAUGGUGGAAGAUUCAUUCCGUCGAAUGGAACAACAGCAACCGCCAAGGAAAAAGAAGCGCGUCUCUGAUGGGACAACGUCCUCAUCGAAAUCAAAGUCAAGGAAUGGUUCAGCGGGUCCACCUGGGCAGUACGUUGACGCAGGUACAUCUCGCAGCAAGUCUGGCUCACCGGCUACCGGAAGGUCGCCAAGCAUCGGAUAUCCAAAGGCAUCGGGCAAGCCUUGUCCAUCUACAUCGGGCUCCAGGCAGACUUCGGCAGGUCCCCGCGCAAUGUAUUGCGAUGCAGCCGUACAAACAGACCCCGUCGAGGGCCAUUGGAUAAGCGAAUCCUGCAAUCUAACGCCGAUUAAGAAGAAAAUUAUCUCGCUUUCGAAGAGAUUGAUGAAUAACCGACGCCAAAGUCUAAUCACUGAGGAGGAGAGGAAAAGAAGUUGUUUGACAAGCCAAUCAUGCAGUGUCUCAGCUAUGGAGCUGGACUCGCCUAUCAGCGAACAUCGACCCUCGGUCGCUAGCACUGGCUCUGAUGUAACAUCACCGACGUCGCACACGACCGAUACCAAUUUGGCUGAAAUACCUCAGAGUAUAGUAUUGAAUGGCACGACGAUAGAAACGAGCAAGAUGAAAGUGCUAGAUCUUCGUGUACAGUUGCCUCCAGUACCUGCGUUUGACAGUACGGGGCUAGCUGCGUCAACUACGGCUACUCCUCUAUCAGCAGCAAGUUCUGCAGCGCUAUCCCCGUUUGGAACUACAAGCGCCUCCAAUUCUUUUGCUGUAGGGUCGAUCAAUGGUAUCGCGGCAGCCCCGAGUCCUGUCAAAAAGAAAUUGAGCCUCAGCGAUUACAAGAGUCGACUAAACAAGGCGGCAGGCAAAGUCGCGGGAGGAUCAACUCUCUUGAAACCAGGCCUCGCCAGUCCUGAGGACGUUCAGGUGGAAAUGACGAUGGACCCUCAGCCAUUGGACAAGACCGAUGACCCAACACCAGCAGUGAACGGGGCCUGA